AGUAUGUCCCAACCUCUGGUCCCAGCCAGCGCCCAGCCUGGACAGGGAUUAGUCCGCGAAAGGAGACGGAGUUAUUAAACGCGUCGUGUUCGCUUAUUGCCUAAAGAGAUGAGUUAAAGACCUCCAGAAAGUUCUUCAAACGUACUUAUCGUAAAACACAAAGGACGGGAGUGUCUCAAAUCCAUACUGCAACAAGAGUCCAGUGCCAUGAAACUAAAUCCCCAACAAGCUCCACUCUAUGGAGAGUGUGUGCUGACCGUUCAGCUCGAAGAUGAUGAUGUGUGUCAUACUGAGGCAGAAGAGGAGGAGGAGGUGGAGUUUUAUCUUUUAUUCUCAGGAUCCACCCAAAGACACCUGAGCAGCACGCUGCGAGUCAGCCAUGUCACACUGCAGGCUGUGUGUCCAGCCCAUAAUGUGUGUGAGCAGGUGCUGGUGACAUUGUGUUUGGCUCGGCCUGGUGGACCAGUGGACACACACUCACAGGAGACCUUCUGCUUUGUUCAGGACUUGGCUCUUGACAUGGCCCACUUUCUGCUUGACAACACAGCUCCACAGGAAGCAUUACUACUGGAUGAUCAGCAGAUUCCAUUGAAAGAGUGUGAGAGGUUGGACCAGAACUUGGCCCUGGCCCUGAAACACCUCACCCUGCCCCACCAGAGGACUGGACCAGAUACACAUGGUGGCACAGACGGACACGACACAGGGACACACAAGGAAACAUGUCCGAAUGUCUCCACACUGCUGGACAGCUGCACCACCGUGUCUCAGAGCCAGCAGCUCUCCAGCCUGCUGCACUUGGCAGCCAGUCAUGGUCUAAGGACAGUAGCAACGUUCCUGCUGCAACAGCCGGGGGGCAGGGAGGCUCUGAGGAGGCCCAACGCUCAGGGACUGACUGCAGUACAACUGGCAGAGAACAGAGGACAUAAGCAGCUGGUGGAGCUCUUCAUACAGUUUGAGACUUCCUCAAAUGUCCAUGUGGAGCCAAAGCAGCAGCUGCACUUUUGCCCAGAAGGCCGAGUGUUUCAGCACCAUGCAAACCUUGGUACCUACAGCCUAACAUUCCCGGGCCUCCAUCAGAGGGAGGAGGGGGCAGAGAGCCAGAGCAGUGACGAGUGCUGCCUGCAGGAGGAGGUGAAGGAGCUGAGGAGACGUAUUCAUCUUCACAGGGACAGAAAGGGAAACUCUGUUGGUACACAUGACCUGGUCAGCCCUGUCUUUGGGCCGCAGCCCUGCUUUAACAGCCAGCAAGAGAGCAAGCCGGAUGUCGGCCUGUCUUUGGUAACCAUAGAGACCUACAGCACAACAACAGGCAAUACUUCGUCAUCGGAGGACAGAGCACAAGGGGAGGACUCUGCUGUUGUCACUCAUAUAUCCUGUAGCAGUGGAAGUCUUUGUCAGAGCCAGGAAGCUACAGCAGCUGCCAACUCUCCUGCUGGCCGUAACAAGAAAAACAAAAAGAGAACUACAAAAACCACAAAGCAUGCAACGGAAUCUCCAGGAAAUAACAGAAGCACCCCAGAGGCCGGUAGAGGGAGUGCACAGAGGCCCGGAAAGGCAACAGGAAGUAGAGCAGAGACAGAUGGGGCCGUGUCACCCAGAGAACCAGUGGUAGCAUCUGUGAUUGGCAAAGACGGAGCCACAAAACCUCAGCAUAAUCUCAGAACCGAAGAGACUCCAUUACCCACAAAGCCUGAGUGUGCACCAGGUGGUGAUGGGAAGUGUUCGGGCAGGAAGGCAGUGGCCUUGCCUGCCACCACCAUCGUAGAAAAACAGGAAGGAGAGAAGUGGGAAGUUGAGCUGCUGAUACAUGAGCGACUUGUAGAGACAGAAGCAGUGAGACAGACAGAACAGGGAGCCACUCAAAGUCUCCCAGCAAAAGACGAAUCAGCUGCAGAGAGGACAGUAACCAUGGGUCAGGAACAAUCCCAGGAUCCCAAGGAAAGCCUGACAGACACAGAGGAGCCAAGCCAACCUGACACCUUGAACUGUCCUCAGUCUGGCACCAGGAGCAGCCCCAAGUCCCCGGACACAGAGAGAAAACCCCGGAGAGGCCUAUGGCGGGAUGGGGGCUGGAUGGGAAGCAGAAUGGGAUCACCUCCACAAGGACCAGAAACUGUAGCAAAAACAGUCUGGUAUCAGGGUGAAAACCCUGACCAGGGUGCCAAUGAAGACUGGAAUAGAGACGAAGUAAACUCCCAGUCAGUUUGGUAUGACUGUGACUCAAAGGAUCAGAGAAAACAUGAACAGCUGGAGCAGGGAAUGACAGAGCAAAAAGAAUGUGAUUUGAGCUCAGCACAAGCUUCUGGUCUCAGUUCUCAUCAACUGUCCUCAGCUCUCAGUCAGCCACAUGCUGCUGGAACAGAGCCAGCACUGUCACAUGGGCAUGGUGCACAAAGACAGGAAGUACACGGAUCACAGCGAGUAGAGGAAGUAGGGCCAGAUUGGAAGGAGGGAGGAGUGGAGGGAGACAGAGAGGAGGUCAGUAGCAGAGAGACGACUUCCAGCAGAAAGAACUCUGAAACGGCAGACGUCGAAGAGGGAGGAGGAGAGACGCAAGGGAGCGAAGAGAAAGGAGCAAAGGGCCGAAAGAAAAGGAGGAAGAAGAGGGGGAAGAGAGGAGGACACGAGGCCAAGCUCAGCUCCAGCUCAAGCAUCGAGUCUCCGAGUCAGACGGAGAUAAAGACGCUGAAAGAACAAGUGGCAAACCUGAACGCUCAGUCAGAGGGCGAGUCACAAGCCAAGGAUAAAACAGGAAGGGCAGAUGUCCAUCCUCCAGCUCAAAGAGAGGAAGCUGACAAGGACGCCAUGCGAUUACCGAACCAGACAGAGGGCCGGACCACGGACGCUCACGGACCGGACUGUGACAUCAUAAACUCUGAUCCUAGCGAAACAACUCUAGUGUUCAGCCCGACACAUCUGACCGAAGUUACAGCUUCACAGACGUGGGAAUCAAAGGAAUUAGCAGAGGACAGCAUACGCCUUCAUGGACAGGAUCACUUUAACCCGGAGUCUAACGCCACGGCUUUAGAACUCAGUCAAAUGGGCAUCAGAACGUCAGAUGUUGAGGCGACUGUAAGCGUGCCACCAGCAGAAAAGGAACUACAAGAUCCUACAGAGCUGGAAUUAAAGGGAUUUGCCAGUUCGCACAAACAAGCAGUGGACAAUGUUGAAUCAAAGUUAUUGUCAGAAAAUGAGGAUUUGACAGGUUUGGUGGAAUCUAGCUGUCCAGAAGAACUUCCUGCCAACCUUUCAGAUAAUACAGAAUUCGCAGAGGACUCGUUUCUUGUGGAAUUUCCUGAACAGAAUGCACAACAUGUACAAUCUGCGGAGUCAAACAAACCAGUGGAACCUGUGGAGCCCAUAGGAAGACCCAUUGGAUUUUUGGAAUCAGUGUGUCCUACAGAAGUUGCGGGUCUGCCAUUUGAAGACAGAGCGGAUGUUUUACCACUUCAAAUACGGGAAGGAAGCACUGAGGCAACGGCGAGGGAAUAUUUAGAGCAUUGUUCGGCCUCUGAGAUGCUGAGAGAUCAGCAGCGCAAGGAGGAAAAGAGAAAUGAUUUGUGGGUGGGUGAAGAGGAAGUGUGUCAGGAAAGAAGUAGAAGUGAGGAGAAUGACAGCGGGACGGUGCAUGGCAAGGAGUUGUCUUCCACAGACAGGGAACAAGAGCAGCAGGCCAAUGAAGAUGUAGUUGCCACAGCAGUAGCAGUCGUAGCGGUAGCAAUAGCUUCUGCCAUUGCUUGCGUGGAGCUGAGCCAGAAGGUAGCAGACUAUCAGUCAGAGAGUCAAGAGUCACUACGGCAGCUGCCAGAUGAUUCACUCGACUGUAUUCAGUCCACACAGCUGAUAAGCAACUGUCCAUUGUUAGCAGCUGAGGCAGAAAACCAACCUAUAGAGCAUUCAGAUGUUGAACCUACUGAUCAGUUCACCUCUAAUGAACAAGCUGAUGUUGAAACAUCUGAGGAGUGUGAUUGUGCAGUGCUGCAGUGUAACACAGGGACAGAAGAGCUAGCAGCAGCACAGCUAAGUAGCACCCAGCAGGCUAACUGUGACCUGUCCGUACUUGCAGACUCUUGUAGGUUACCACAAUUAGACAAAGAGGAAAUCCUAACAGAAAAUACAUCAGACAAAGUCCUUACUUGUUCUCUACUUAAAGAAGAAGAAAGCCAACUGCAAGUCCAAAUUAAACCUUUGCCAAUAGAAAAUGAAAUGAUUACAACCAAGGUAGAUAGCCAUGAUCACACGCAGAGAGGAAUCAGUCCUGUUCCAGAGCCAGGGCCACAUCCAGAGACCUCUGAUACAUUAUGGACGAACUCUGAGGAGAAUCCAAGACUAGGAGAGCAUAGAGACCUCCAGGAUGAGUCCAUCUGUCAGGAAGAGAGUGGGAUUGAACAUAGACAUGAGGGAGAUGAUAGUCGUCCUUCAGAAUCCGGACCGGCUGAGGGUAAGAUAGGAGGGCAAGCACACGAGCAGAACAAUCCACAUUGCGCAAAAGCUUUGAGUGACACGUCAGAUUUAGACUGCCAGGCUAAAGAGCAUGAGGUAGGUCCACAACUCGAUGCUCAGGUUAAAGCACCAUGUGAAGGGGAGGUUCCCCCUUUGCUGCUUACUUGCGUCUCAACUCUUCCUGUUAGCGUCUGUGACUUGACUGAUCCCAGUCCAGAAGAACCCACUGCCCCUGUGAAUGUGGAAACAGGCAAAUACCAGUCAUCCCAGUCAUUACCGGACAUGAAUCUCGUCACUGCCAUCCCUCUUGAUGCUGGCAGUGGCACGUUUUAUAUCGGAGGUCAAGAAUCUGUUGUUAUGGAUGAUGAGGUUGGUGUGUUUGAACGGCUGGAUAAAGACUCAGACGCUCUGGAUACCGUGGAUGGAUGGAAGGAGAGGGAAAAGAAUAAGAUGAAAAGAACGGAGGUGGUCACAUCCCAGACAGCAGCAGCAGCAGCAGCAGCAGCAGCAGGAGAAGAAGAAGAGUUUCAACAGACCAGGAGAGACUCGGACUGCACACACACUCUGCAGAUCCAGAGGGAGAGAGAUGUUUCCUGCUCUGAAGCCAACACAGUAACAACAUGCACAGACGUCCAUCCAGAUACAGAGGAGUGUGUGUCCGUGUGUUUGUUGCACAGAGACAGAGACAGUGUGAAAGCCAGUACGCAACUGGAUGACAGUGUUUUCAAAAAGCCUAAAGAUCCUCCCCCCGGUCACAGGGACAGAGGGGCCCGGGCCUCCUGUUCCUCCACACAGGGAGCCGUCAGACCCUGCGAGGGGGCUCUGUCAGCGGGCACACAUGACACCGUGGCCCCUCAGAACUCCAUACUGUCCUGGAAGUCAGAAACGGAGGACAGAGGAGGAGGAGAAACAGAAGGUGGAGGAGGAGAAGAAGAAGAGAAAAAAGACCAGCUUUUAGGAAAUCCAGUCUCCUCUGCCAUCUUGCGAGCUUCCAUCCGUUCCUUGUCUCCGUUCCGUCGUCACAGCUGGGAGCCGGGGAGAAACAACACUGCAGCAGAUAUGGACAUGGCACAGCGCAGCUCUUUCAAGAGUCUGUCAGGAGAGGUGAAGAGAGCCAAGCCCCCCCUCCACAGGAGAAGUAUGAGUUGGUGUCCAUCCAACCUGCGUCCUCCCGAUCAGGGGCAGAUAGACAACAGAAGCUACAGCCUGGAGGGUCUGGAGGUGGAGAGGGCAGCGCUGCUGGCUCAGUGUCCCAUCCUCAGUGAUCAGGAGGAGAGGGCUGCAGGGAGGAGUGUACGUCCAGACAGCCAGGAGAGAGGCUCCCUGGUGUCCCUCACUGAGGAGGAGCAGGAAGGAGACGGGAGCAGCAUCGACAGCCAGACAUCACAUCAGGUACUGUCUGUGACAAACAGCUGUCCUGCCAUGUUCCAUCACCAAAACCUCACCAAAUCCAUCUCCAUGGUUACCAUCAGUCACCGCGACAUAGAUGGAGUGAGCUCAUUCUCCAGUAAUUCUGGCUCACUGGAAUACAGUAUUUCAGAGGAGGAGCCGGGCCCUCUCCGCACCGACUUCGAGGGAAAAGGAGGACCUAAAAUCAGCCGGACAUUUAGCUACCUCCGCAGCAAGAUGAGCAAAAAGGGCAAGGAGAAGGAGAAGGAGAGGAAAGGAGAGAAGGAGCGAGAGAGUAAGGAGAGAGAAAAGAAGAGCGCUAACGGUCAUCUCUUCAUCCCAGUCAGUCCGUCUUCUUCCACAGUCUGUCAGCACUGCACCAAACUUCUGAACAAUAAGGAAACCUUCCUCUGCAACAACUGUGGAGCCCAUGUCCAUAAGUGCUGCAGAGAGGGUCUGUCUGUCUGUACAAAGAGCAAAACUAAGCAGCAUUCUCUGGUGUCAGAAGCUGUUCCUGGGUCAGCUGUGAACAUGAGGAGUAAAUCUACGUCUUCAGCAUCAUCUGUAUCAUCCACAUCCUCAUCAUCGUCACGGGAACGCUGGUCCACAGCAACUACACCUGAUGACCAACUUCCUGUGUUGUUUCCACGGAGACACCCUAGUAUAUUCAACACACACAGCAACCUGGCGAAGAGCAUCUCAACCAGCAACAUAGCAGGGUUAGAUGAUGUUCCGCUCAAAGGCCUAAAGUUUCUGUCACAGUCCACCGACUCUCUCCAUCAGGGGAGCAAAGUCAAUGCCUCGACUGAAUCCCUCACAGAUGAAGGCACUGAGAUGAUGGACAGUCAGCUGAUGGGAGAGUUUGAGUGUGACAUUAAAGACCUGGAGGCUGAUUCUUGGAGCGGCACAAUGGAUAAGAAGUUCUUGAAAACGUUGAAGAAAGACAUUAUCAAGAGACAAGACGUCAUUUAUGAGUUGUACCAGACAGAGUUCCACCACGUAAGGACACUGAAGAUCAUGUCUGAGGUGUACUAUAAAGGCCUUCAGAAGGAGCUGCAGCUUGACACGCACACUCUGGACAAGAUUUUCCCCGUUUUGGACAAUCUGUUGGACACACACGCACAUUUCUUCACCCUGCUCCUGGAGAGAAAGAGAGCUUCUACAACUGAGGGACAAAACAACAACAGCUACCUCAUCAGCAGAAUCGGGGACAUCCUGCUCAACCAGUUUUCAGGCUGCACUGCUGAUCGUAUGAAGAAAGUUUAUGGGAAGUUCUGCAGUCGCCACAAUGAAGCUGUCAAUCUCUACAAAGACCUGUACGCCAAAGAUAAACGCUUCCAGGCUUUCAUCAAGAGAACAAUGAGCAGCAGCAUUGUGCGGAGGCUCAGUAUUCCCGAGUGUAUUUUGUUGGUCACCCAGAGGAUCACCAAGUAUCCUGUUCUCAUCCAGAGGAUAUUACAGCACACUAAAGACUCAGAUGAAGACCAUGGCUGUGUGUGUGAAGCUGUGCGCCGUGUCAAGGAGCUGAUCACGGCUGUGGACAGUAAAGUCAACGAGCAGGAGAAGAAACAGAGGCUGAGGGAGGUUUACAGUCGCACUGACAGUAAGUCCAUCAUGAGGAUGAAGAGUGGUCAGAUGUUUGCUAAAGAGGAUCUGAUCAGAGGAAGGAAGCUGCUUCAUGACGGACUGCUGCAGCUGAAAAACUCUGCUGGACGACUCAAAGAUGUCCAGGCCAUGCUACUGUCUGAUGUGUUGAUCUUUCUUCAGGAAAAAGACCAGAAAUAUGUAUUUGCCUCAUUGGACCAGCGCUCGACAGUUAUCUCUUUACAGAAUCUGAUAGUCAGAGAAGUGGCUAAUGAGGAGAGAGGUCUCUUUCUCAUCACAGCGGGUAUAGAGAAACCAGAGAUGGUGGAGGUGUUGGCCAGCAGCAAGGAGGAGCGCAACACAUGGAGGGCUAUCAUACAGGAUGCCAUGCACUGCAUGGAGAAAGACGAGGACGAAGGGGUUCCCAGUGAGACAGAAGAAGACAGGAGGCAGCAGGAGAGCAGAGCAAAGGAGAUCCGAGAACUUCUAAGAAGGAAAGACGAGCAGAUCAUCUCUUUAUUGGAGGAGAAGGUCCACAUCUUCAGGGACCUGGCCGACUUUAAUUCCACUCCCGAUCACACAAAUCCACCAAUCAGGGAGCGGAUGUUAUUCAUGGCCACACCUGAUGAUGUCACAAAGGGGGAGCCAAUCAUAAAGGAUGCCCUGAAGGAAGUGGAGACCCUGCACACUUUGGUCAACAGUGGAGUCGGUGGAGCAGGCUGCAGUGUUCCAGUUGGUCUGACAGGGGGCAGUGUGGGGCCGGUCUGUCUGCCCAGGAGAGCUGAGACAUUCGGAGGCUUCGACAGCCACCAGAUGAACAGCAGCAAGAAUGGAGAGAAGGAAGAGGGGGAUGAAUCUCUGGAUCUCCGCAGGACUGAGUCAGACAGCGUGUUGAAGAAGGGAGUCACUGCCAGCCUACAGAUGUUGCUGAAGAGAAACAAUGAGGUGCAGCACAGCGUGACGCAUCUUCAUGAGCUGCUGAUUUCACUGCAGGCUGUGGUGGUCCAGCAGGACUCAUUUAUCGAGGACCAGCGGCAGACCCUGAACGACCGGCUCACGGCCAAUUCCUCGCGACACUCGUCUUCUUCCUCACUCUCGUCCUCUUCCUCCUCCCGCCCCUCCUCCCUCAUCGAGCAGGAGAAACACAGAAGUCUGGAGAGACAGCGGCAGGAGGCGGCCACCCUGCAGAAACAGCAGGCUGCACAUCAGGAAGAAAAGAGGAGGAGAGAAAAGGAAUGGGAGUUGAUGGAGAGAUGCCUGGCAGAGCGCGAGGAGAGGCUGAGGGUGGAGGAGGAGCAGACCAGGAGGAGGCGUCAGAACCUGACGGAAGAGGGAGAGACGCUGCAGAGGAAGAAAGAAGAGUACCAGGGAGAGCUGGAAAGGCUGAGGGAGGCACAGAGGAGGCUGGAGAGAGACAAAGAGGCUCUGAGGAGAGACACAGAGAGACUGGAGGCCAUGACGAGAGACCAGUCGGAGCAGCUUCAAAGGUACCAGCGGACUCCCUCCACUACCUCUGAUGACUCCAUCAGGUUCCACAGCUCCGGGUCUCUGGAUCUAGAUUUAAAAGAAGCAGCAGAGCAGCCAAAGGAGGUGGAGCUCUCAUCCUCCGCCCCAACCAAAGAACCUUUCCUCCGCAUCGGAUCCAAGAGGAUGGGCAAAAACUUUAAUCCCUUCUCCUCGUCCUCCUCCUCUAAAACCCAUGGAGCUGAGAAGGAGUCCCAGCUCCCCACCAAACUCCUCCAGUUGGCCAAACCCAAAGAGAAGAAAGACAAGAAGAAGAAGAAGGGCAAAGGAGAGCAGUCACCAACAGAAAGCAAAGUUGCAGUGAUGUCGGAUCCUCAGAACGAUGGAGACAUCUUCUUCUGCUGAGGACCUGGACGACGAACCAGACAAAUGGCCAGUGCAGCAAGCAGGACCUCUAACUCACUGUUUGGAUAAAGAACAAGCCCACAAGUGUCUUUGCUCACUGGCUGUCCUUUUGGG